ACGAAUUGCAUUUUUCCUGGCGGAAGUAACAGAAGGAAUCAAUUCACGUGAAUAACACUGUCGAUAAUAUGGCUGACGCCGGGAAAAAAAAACUGGUGCAGCAAGAAGAGCUGCGUAGGUUAAUGAAAGCAAAGCAGCGGAGAAGUUGUUCUAAGAAACGGAUAGAGUCUCCAUUGGCCAAAUAUAACAGCCUUGGUCACUUACUGUGUGUUGUCUGCAAUAUUCAGAUUAAAAGUGAGUUAUUGUGGCCAGCACACAUUCUUGGAAAGCAACACAAGGAGAAAGUUGCUGAGUUAAAAGGAUCCAAGGCUAACAUAAGUAGUCCCUCAAAUAAAGUACAGCUUCAUCACAUUAUGAAAAGGAAGGGGUCUGAACCAGAGAACCAAGAGAGCAAACGAAUUAAAGGCACAGAAGACCAGCCAACAGCUUUAAAAACCAAAUUACCAGAAGGGUUUUUCGAGACAGAAGAGACGUCAUCUGCCAAACACGCUGCAGAGAAAGCACCAAGCCUGAAAUUACUGGCAGGGGACUAUGAAGAUGAUGAUGAAGUAGAGGGUGAAGAAUAUGAAAAUGUCAAUGAGGCAUCCACCUCUCUACAGAAGCCAGCAGAAAUCCCUCUACCACCACCUACAUCGAGUGCUGACAGACUCCCAGCAGAUUUCUUUGAAAGUAAAAUGCCUUUGGUAUCUCACUCUGGGUCAGUCUUAAAAGCGGAUAUACAAGAGAAGAUUGUUGAAAGGAAAGACAAUACAGCUGAGGCUUUGCCUGAGGGAUUUUUUGAUGACCCAGAAGCUGAUGCAAAGGUUAGAAAAGUUGAUGCUCCCAAAGACCAGAUGGAUAAAGAAUGGGAAGAAUUCCAAAAAGAAAUUAGGCAAGUUAAUAGUGUUUCUGAUGCAAUUGUCGCAGAAGAGGAUGAGGAAGGCAGGUUGGAUCGUCAGAUUGAUGAAAUUGAUGAGCAAAUUGAAUGUUACCGUCGAGUUGAGCAUCUGAGGGACCUAAAGGACACCUUGCAAGAUGCUAAAAUGGAAGUUUUGAAGUCAAAGUCCAGUAAAAAAUGGCAGGAAGAGAUUGGUAGUGAUGAUGAAGAAACGCUGCCAUCUUUACUUUACAAAAACUGGCGUGAUAAGGGGGCUUUCCUUUAACAUUCUUUAUCAAGAGAAAGGCAUUAUUGAUUGCAUUGUCUACCAUGUGGUGGAUGUAAUGUGCCUAUGAAACGACUUUGUUGACUUGCAGUUAUGUUCUGCAAUAUUCUGCUAUAAAGCUCCUUUGAUGCAAAAGUUACCAGUAAAUUUUACUUAAACCAUAUUAAUUCUUUGUUGCAAUUUUUCGUAUUUAAACCAGUUAUACAUUUUGCAUAAGUUGUAUGACAUAGCCCUAAGCUGUAAAAGUUGCUGAUAAUACAUUAUACAAUAUGCUGCUAAAAGCAUGUAACAUAUAAAAGUCUUCCAGACAGAUUUGGCAAAUACAAAAUCAAUUAAAUAGUCACCAUAGCAAAUAUCCUUCUUUUUGCUAAACUUCAUAGUCCCAUGUUAAUUAUUGUUCUCAUGACAUUGUUAAAAAAAGUUAAGUGCUAUAUUUUGUACAUUGUUAUUUUAUACUGUGUGCCACUGGUAUAUUUCUGUAACAAGUCUGUAGUAUUUUUGUACAAUAAUAGGUUUUGAAGUAAAUUAUUCUUAAGCCUUCUGUUGUUUCCAGCUUGAGCUGCCAAAGCUUUAGUCAUUGCUUAUGACUAUAUUUUCUUUACAAUAAUUUUACAGAUUUCAUGCAUCCUUUUAAACCAGAGCUCACUGCAGUUAAUGAGCAAAAGCAAGAUGGUCCACAUUGUUACGUCAUUGCAAUUUAUCACUUUAGUAUUUUUAGAAUUAAAACAUUGAUAAACGU